AUGAUGGAAGCGGGUAUGCUAACCGAAUUUCUGGAGACUCUCGGACGAGCUCUCUUCGUCUCUCAUGAGUGGCUUGGAAAUCACCACCCAGACCCAGGUUCCCGGCAGCUGAAAGUCAUGCAGGAUGCCCUGGGCAACAUCUUAUCAGGAGCAAGCCAUGUCGAUCUUCCGAUCGUGACCGAGAUGUACUAUGGGCGCCUUUCGUGUCCCACGGCGGCCGACUUCAUGUCGAAACCACUUUUUAUCUGGUAUGACUACAUGUGCGUUCCUCAAGGUAGUGGUCCAGAUGCAAUCGGCAAUCGCCAGCACGCCAUCGACAGCAUUCCGUCCUAUGUUGCCAGGUGCGAGUACUUUGUCAUACUUUGUCCAGCCCUGCAGCAUCACGACCAAGGGCGAAUGCUGAGUCAAUCCAGCUGGGCGCAGCGAGGUUGGUGUCGUACGGAACGCCUUGCUCGGGAACUCGCAGCGCGCGAUGAUGGCUUCAUGAUCGUGAUCGAAGCUAGGGUUUGGGGUGUUUGUCAACUGGCCGGUGUCCUAGCGAUCAAGGUUCACCAAUCGCUGGUGUUCGAAGUCAACCGGUCCAUGGAAGCGCCUGGCUUGGGGAAAUUUACUUACGAGGCAGACAGGCAGAAAGUGGGGCGAGUGAUCCUCCAGAUGGUCUGGAACAAGUUGCAUCAUUAUCUCGCCCGUGGUGAUCUGCAUAAGUAUCGUUUCCUUCUCAACCAGCAAGCCGCAUGCCUGUUGCAGAACCUGAACAUAGAUCCGAUCGAUGGGUUAGUUCCAGGAUUUCGCAGUGAAGCAGACCCUUUUACGGACCCGAAAGCCGUGCUGCUGGAAUGGUUCAUGCACCAGAACGGAUUCAAGAGCUACACGGAGUACGACAACGCAGGCUGGUCACCACUAUGUUUCGCAGCGAUGAGUGGAAAUGCAGCUUUGGUGCAGUCGCUUCUAGACCAGAAGGCCAGUCCGAACGAUUCUACACAGAAGCCGAAGAAGGAGUUGGUAUUCGGCAAGAAUUUAUCCGUGCUCUCCAUCGCAGCCGCCUACAAAAGCAAUCAGGUCCUGAAGACGCUCAUCUCGGCACGGGCCAGCGUCAAUGCCCGCGACAGCCACGAAGGAACUGCCUUGCAUUGGGCAAAUAUUUCCAACAAUCCUGAAGGAGUUGGAAUUCUUUGCCAGGCAGGUGCAGAUCCCGCCAAACGCUGCUUCCCAGGGCUGACACCUUUCGAAACGGCAUGCGCCUGUUCCGCCGUCGAGGCGAUGAAGGAAAUGCUUUUUCAGGUCCCAUGUACGAGUUUGCGGCGCAGUCUACACUGGGCACUCAUGUUCCAUGGAGGAUCCACAGAAACCGUGAAGUUGCUUGGUAUAUAG